UCCGCGACGAAAGCAGCCGUGACGCGGCGGCUACCCGGCAUCGAACCUGCACCUCUCCGCUGCGCAUCGAGCGCCCGACCGCGCAGCUUGGCCCAGCUUUUUGGAUAGUCUGGCCUUGGUGUUCGAAUUGCCCUUUUCGAGGCUUUGUUUCCCGGACGGCAUCGGAGUAUGCAAGCUGGCGGACGCGCACCACCGACUAUACAACUCCGGACCCCAGAGCUAGGGCGCAGCGGCCAUGGCACACUUGAGUAGCAGAGACAGGGUGAGGAAUGGCUCGCGGCCGUCCACACCCCCGGGCCCGUCAAGAACACAUGGCUCAGGCCCCGGGAUGCGUGCGCUGGAUACUCGCCCCAAGAAAUCGGAGACCUUCUUCGACGACGAGACCCUGGUCGACAACAGUCGCAGUGGAGGCACCCAGCGUGAAGCGCUGAGGGACUCGCACGACCUGUCGUUUGCCGAUCGCACACGGGACUCUGUCGUUGACAACAUGCUCAUGUCGCUCGACCAGCUUCCUCUGUCGUCCUACCCAGCAGCGCUGUACUCCACGAGCAAUCUCGACGACGACCAGCUAUUCUUCAUAGACAAUUCAUACGCCUCACCCAAGGCCCCGCGCGUCCGCGGUCAUACGUACGCCUCGUCGCAAUCUUCCGAUUACGACCUGCAUGCCGAUGAUUCGACGUCUCGAUUCGGCCCACAUCACGCACGCGGACGGCGAAGCAAUAGCAGUAACAACAUUCCUAACGCAAUGAGCCGACGUGAGAGUCUGAGAGGAGCGUGGGCUGAUCCUCGGCAAGCAAACGAGCAAGCACAACAGGCAGUCCACAUGAGAGGUGGGAAGGGCAGCAAGAGCAGUAUGGGUUCGAGCGUGGACUUCGGGAAGGCGGGUAUGGGAUCACAACGUCUAGGCCUGGGUCGGCGAUCCAUUAGUUUUGAUCACGGAAACUUGGGUUCAAAGGCAUUGUCGGUGAAGACAGAAAGGAGCCGACCGACGUAUUCUGGGUACCACCCCGAUUACGAGGCAGCACCUCAGCCGACAAUUCCUGCUGGACCUCGAAGAGCCCAGGAGCCACAAUUGCCCGUCACUUACGCGGCGCAACCAUCGUUUGCACCGGCGCAGGCUCCGGCGCCCCGCCGAAAGAAUAGCGUUCGAUCGGCCGCGAGCUACAGAACCCUUCGCAAAAAUAAGAGCCACCAAGAACCAAACAUGCGGCUCCAGGCUCAAGAAUUCGUCAACGCUGCCAAUCUGAGAGAUCUCCCUCCGAUACCGACGUAUCACGACCCGCCCGCACCCUCGCCAAACGUGGCUACACGGAAGCACCCGCUCGUGCCUCUUGGGCCCGUUCCUGUGCCGAAGGAGAAACCUGGUUUCUUCCGCCGUGUCUUUGGUAGCGCAUUGCCAAAGUCGGCGCCCCAGAUCUCCAACGCGUCUACUAAUUCUAACGUUUCAUACACGACUACCCCGCCGGCUUCAGCAACCAACCGACCGACUGAUGUCGACUCUAUGUACUCUAAUGGUCGGCCUCGCACCACCCCACACGGGUCAAACCACAUCGCAUCACAGUUGAAAUCGGCUGCCCCAAGGCCACCACAAACAGCUAGCUCAGCACAAACGCAGACCACGCAGCCAUCACAGCCAACUCUGGCGAAGAAACACUCGUCUUUCUUCAGGCGGAGAAAGAAGUCCGUGACCGAGCCCCCGCAGCAGCCUCCAAUGCCGGUGCAGUUCCAAACCCCACAGAAGCUCGAGGAUGUCCAGCCGCAGCCAAGUCCUGGCAUCAGUAGCCUGCGCCAGGUCAUGAACCCGUACCUAGGCGACACGCCAAGUCCAGUUAAGCAGCAACAAAACGCCUCAGAGUUCUCGCCGGAGCCUGAUGAUGGAGUAGACCCACAACGCCCGAAUGGCUUCUCGCCUGGAUACAAGCCGCAUAAGGAUGCGACUGUGCGAAGCGUCAAAGCAGGAUCACGCGACACUAACCCCUCGCCACCAUCGCGGCAGGAGCUAUUCAAAGAGCAACUCAUGGCAGAGCAAGCGGCCAGUACAAGCAGCCCGAAACUCAAAUUAAAGUUAAAGAGCCGCAAGCCAAACGUCGCUACCACGCAGGAGGAUACCUUCCUUGCCGACAGCAGCAGCUGCAACGAAGGUGGCAGUGGUCGUGCAACACCAUCAGGCGAGCUCGGCGCAUUUGGCGAUGCAGAUGAAACGCCGAGGCCCGCUCGCAGCCCCACUGCAGCCGGGUUCCCACUCCCGCCCAAUGUUGGAGUGCGGAAGAGCGCCGGUGAGAAGAAGCGCAACAAGCUGUCCAAAACCGAGGGGGAUAGUGCCAGUGUAUCAGCACCAUCCCGGUCCACUUCGGAGGCUGAGGUGGAGGAUGGGUGGAUUCUCACAGCUCCUGGUGGCCAGGAAAAGCAGACGCCUUCGCGAAAGACGAGCGCAAAUAGGCCCCGGCGUGUGUGGCUUGAGCCCACGUCGUCAGAAGAGAGGCUGGCUGGUGACGAUGAUGCCGAAGACCUGACGCUUCCUUUGGAAGGCGCACGCUCGGCGCAGAAACCGUUUGAGAAGGAACUGCCUGUCCCUCCUCCGCAAAGCACUCCAGCGUCUUCCCAUGUCGUUCAAUCGACUCCAAGCCUUCCUACUCUGCACAUACCGACACAAGAUUCCGAUGCUAUGCCCUCCAUUAUUGAGCAUGGCGUUCAGGACGCUGAGCCCAGUGAUGCGGACCGAGAACGCGCUUUCCGUAUUUUCAGUGGCGACGACCCAUCCGUGCAAAAGGGCACAGCAGCUGCCGAUCUGGGCGACAUCACGGCAGCCAGCACGCGUAUACGGAAGGCGUUCAUGGCGCUGUUCGACUGGACUGGCUUCAACAUACUCGGCGCCAUGCGAGAUCUCUGCGGAAAGGUCGUCCUGAAGGCCGAGACCCAGCAGAUCGACCGGAUCCUCAUGAGCCUGUCGGAGCGUUGGUGCGAGUGCAAUCCCAACCACGGCUUCAAGGCAGCCGAUGUCGUGCAUACUAUAUGCUAUUCGAUCCUCUUGCUCAACACCGACUUGCAUGUCGCUGACAUUGAAUCAAGAAUGACCCGAAGCCAGUUCGUUAAGAACACACUGCCCACAGUCGUCCGCGUCUGCAAAGAUGCACUGAAAGACGCACACGACGCAACCCUCAGACCUCAGUCGACUCAAUUCAGGAGAGGAUCUCUACCUUGGAACAACACCUACAACAACGACAGGUCAGAGCCCAGCUCCCCGGCUGCUGAGGAUGCAGCCUUUCCCGCAGAUGUUGCUGAGGAGCCCAUCGAAAACAGGAGAGCUAGAAGCCGUCUCUCACUCCGUCCUCCAUAUCGCAGCGGGUCCGAAGGCUUAUUGAUUGAAUCUGGUGUUGCUGAGGGUGAACUUUUGGUCAGUUCGCCAUACAAUGGGCCGAUAAAGGGAUGGGAGUUGCAUCUCGAAACCGUGCUCAAGGAGUUUUAUGAUUCCAUUCGCAAGCAGCGGCUGCCUUUGCAUGGAGUCUCAGCGCUACAAGUCCACGAACAGCCAUCAACAAACAACCUUUCGGUUAGUGGCAUGCUUCGCCGCACGCCAAGCGUUCUAAGCAAGGCUCCUUCCGACAACAUGAGCUACCGGGGGCGAUCGCAGACCGAUUUCCGCAGUAUGGGAAAGAGCUGGAACUCCAAGAACCGUUCGCGACCGCGUCUGUAUCCAACAUCCACUGUCGCUUCCAGCCGCACAAGUCUGGAUGAUCAAUCCGUUUGGAGCCCAGCAGGUUCAAGUACGUGGAGCAGAUACUCGUACGGAAAGACCCAAACGUCCAUGUCAAUGGAGUCACUCGGCUCACACUUUGCGCAUGGCGACUACCAGCAAGCUAUUGGCUUUGCCAACGCACUCUCACAAGCUAUCAUCCGCGAGGAAGGGAUGACUAUUGCUAGUGACGAGGAAUUCACCCGCGUGGCACCGCUUCUCGAGGACGAAACACUGGAACUUACCGGCGCACCAUGGGCCAAGGAAGGUAUACUGAAGCAUAAGCACCAUCUCGAAGCAUUGGACAAGAAAGCGAAAGACCGGACAUGGAACGAGUGCUUCGCUGUCAUCGAAAAGGGCUACAUGCGACUCUUCUCCUUCAACAUGAACGCAAAGUCGAUGCGGUCAAAGAAGUCACGGCCCUCCGCUGGCGGUGUUGUUGGUGGUGGAAACUGGAUGGACAAUGCCGAGGCUCUUGACAGCUUCCUAUUGCGACAGACCAUCGCAAGCGCUCUUCCCCCACCGGGCUACUCGAAGUCUCGACCGCAUGUCUGGGCUUUAUCUCUUCCGACUGGAGCUGUGCACUUGUUCCAAGUCGGUACGCCCGACAUUGUUCGCGAAUUCGUGUCCACUGCCAAUUAUUGGUCUGCCAGGUUGUCAAAGGAACCUUUGAUGGGAGGUGUCAGCAACAUCGAAUAUGGUUGGGGUGAAAACGUUAUCAACACAGCCUUGAUACGCCCGGAGAGCACCGCAUCGACCCAUGGCCACGUACCUCGCCCUAGUAUGGCGAGCUCAAUGCGCAGUUCUAUGGACCAUGCAUCGGGAACGAUUAAAGCUCGUCUGCCCGGUGACAAGGUCGCUCUCAAUGACUGGAGCCCGCCAACCUCAAGCAUGAUGGCCAGCAACCUAAUGGAAGUGGAUCAGCUCCGGGCGUUGACCGACUAUGUGAAGAACAUCGAAGACGAGCUAGCUCGCCAUAAUGAAAUGAGGGCACCUAUGCUUAUUGCAUUUUCUCCACGCCAUCCCAACGCCGCAAAGGCAAUGGCCAACUGGGAACGCAAAUCGUCUUAUUUACUACGGGAGAUCGUCAAGUUCCGCACGUACAUCGACUCGCUCACAGCUGCACAAACUCUGAAGAAGAGAAUCUACGCGGAACGCGAGGCAAGCGAGGGACAAGUUGAUGAUGAUGAUGUUGACGAUGUGAACAAGCCGUUGCCGGCUAAAGACAAAGAUGGUGCGAGCGAGGUCAUCCAAGCUUCCGAGCCCAUCUCGACCUGAUAUCUCUUUCUUUCGUAACCUUCAAGCCCUGUAUUUGCUGACGAGCGACGUUUGAUUUGGAUAGGGCUCACACCUCUUCGGCGUACGGUGCGGCGCCUGAAGAAGCUUCAUUCGUCUCGGCCAAAACUGAGGGAAAGAGAACGACUCAACGCAACUGCUUGAUCUUAUACACUCUUGUAAUCUUUACGUUCAGCUUCACUUUCGGCUCUCGGC